CUGCGGACAUUGUUGUUGGGGAAGAGCACAUGAAUCCGCAUACCCGCAAAUGCCGCCUGCGACCCGAACGCUUACAUCUCACCCAUCCGCCGUCUCUCCCACGUUCAAAUCCAUUACCAUAUACUUUACCUCAUCAGAAACGAUUGCCAAAGAUGCUCCGCUCAAAGCUAAGAAGUAUCGCCCCUCACGCUCAAUUUCCUCUCAUAGUAAAUGGACCCAUGAUGGGCGUUGUCUCCCCGGCGCUGGCGGCUGAGGUGAGCAAAGCUGGUGGUCUAGGGUUCGUUGCGUCUGUCCUUGACGUGUCAGCCGGCUCGGCGCAGCUUUCCAAGCUUGAAGAGGACAUCAAGGCGUGCCGCGAGCUUCUGAGGAACCAUGUCGACCUCACCCCUCGGCUGCCUAUCGGCAUUAGCUUCCUCACCAGUCACAAGUCCAUUGGCUUAUUCAAGGAAACUGCAUUGCCAAUCGUCAGAGCCCAUAAGCCACUGGCAGUAUGGCUCUUUGCGCCGCAAGAGUCGAUCAAGCCACACGCUGAGAUCAUUGCCGCUCUGAAGGGUCUCGAGACCCCGCCUACAGUGUUCGUUCAAGUCGGCCAUCUCACUGCCGCCCGGGAGGCUGUCAGGGACGGUGCAGACGUCGUUGUGUGCCAGGGCAGCGACGCUGGUGGCCAUCAAUACGUGAGGGGCUCUGGCGUAGUGAGUCUCGUGCCCAGUGUCCGGAGAAUGAUCGAGAAGGAAUUCCCUGACAAGGAAGUGAUACUGCUUGCAGCCGGAGGCAUCUCCACGGGAGAUUCUGUCGCUGCAACUAUGGUGAUGGGUACUGCUGGCGCUGUAAUGGGCACACGGUUUACUGUCGCGAACGAAUCUUCCUAUCCCGAGUUCCGCAAGGAAAUGGUACUCAAGACCACAGAUGGCGGCACACAAACCUUGAAGUCUUCGUUCAAUGACCUCAUCAACAACAGUCCUGUCUGGGCGCACAUCAGUCAUACCUAUGAUGGUCGCGCUAUCAUUGGACCUCUUCACGAGAGGUUCAUGAGCGGCUCCUCGCUUGAAGAAUGCCAGGAGGCGCUACACACAGAGUACACAGAAGAUGAGGCAAAAAAGGUCCUCAGCACAUGGGCUGGUACUGGUGUAGGACUAGUCGAAAAGGCACAGCCAGCUGCCGAGAUUGUCCGGGAGGUACGAGAAGAGGCUGUUGAGACUCUGAAGCGAGCGACCGAACUUAUUUGAUACUCUUGGUUGUGGUUCGGAAUAAGGGCACGGGGUUGAUGUGACAUUCUAGAAG